AUGGGCCUUCUCGACCAGCUCUGGGACGAUACCGUUGCCGGCCCUCGGCCGGAGAACGGUCUCGGAAAACUUCGUAAGCAUAACGCCUUCGCCGCCCGAUCUAGCUCCGGCAAGGAAUUGGAGGCUGGAAGUGUGAGAUCGUACGGUGAGGAACCGUCAGAGCCAGCGACGAGAGUAACGCGUAGUAUCAUGAUCGUGAAACCGCCAGGUUAUCAAAGUGGAUCGCCUCCGGCUUCUCCCGCCGGUUCAGUUACUCCGGUGUCUCCGUUUUCCGGUAAGGAACUAGAGAAUCAUUUCGGUUUCGAAGAAGGUCGGCAUCGGAUGCGUUCGAGAAGAAAAACCAAGACAGAUCAAGCCCUUCUUCUCCUUUCGAUGUGUGAGAAAUGA